AUGGCUGUAGAGCUGCAGCUCUCGGGCACACUUGUGGGAUACGACUUGGGGUUUUACAAAGAGACGUUCAUGAAUAACAACGACUGGCGCAGUCGACAGGAUCUUUUCCCGGUCGGAGAUCUGCUUUUCACCGUAGUCUUUGCGCUGGAUGUUAUCGUGCGAAUAGCUGUUCUUCGCUGGUCUUUCUGGAAGGUCAAGAUGAACUACCUCGACGUGGCGGUUACCGUCAUCUCUAUCGUCGAAGUGGUCGUUGUGUACUCGUCCCCAACGCUGCUUGAGGACGUGAAUGUCAACCCGGUUCUAUUUCGACUCCUUCGCCUGGGCAAGCUAGCCAGGGCGGUGCGGAUGGUGACGAUGAACAGCGUCGCUCGCAUGAAGUGUGUGACCCCACCGGAUUUGUAUUGGUUCAAUAUGUCGUGUUGCAUCUCACCGUCUCACAUGCCGGGCUCAGCAUGUAGAGGCUUUAUCAAUUUUCCGUUUGAGGUCUUACAUGCGGGAAUUGUUAGAGUUGUUGCAUUGCGGAUCUACGUACCCCACCAUAACUAG